GACUGCGCGCAGUGGCCGCAAGUGGCGCUGCCGGACGAGUGGGUGCAUGAGAGCCGCCAAGCUCCUGUCGUCCCAUGCUUUGCUCAGCGUUUGACAGCUGUCAGUGUUCGACCUGUUGUAGUGUCAAGUUCGUCGUCGCAAAAUGUGGGCAGCAACGUCCUGAGAUGUUGAAGGCUAAGCGGCAAUGCAAAGAAAGGACGUGUUUUGUGCCGCUGUGCCGGAGCGGAUAUCGUUCGAACGAGGAAAAGGUGUCUUUGUUCACUGCACCGACGUACCCAGCACGGCUUGCAGAAUGGGAGAGCAAAAUCAAGAGGGCAGACAGGAGACUGACGCCGAAGGCUGUCGUGUGUGAAAGACAAUUUGAGAGUGGCUACAUCGAACGAUAUUUUCAGACUACGGUGAAUGGUGUCGUCAACGAAAUCGCCCGAGACAAGCCACGUUUGAAGCCCGAUGCUGUCCCUACGGUCUUCGAAGAUUAUCCGACACAUCUUGUACCUAAAAAGGCGGUGAAACGAAAGGUGAGAAACAUUUGCGACCAAGAACCGGCACCUAAACAACAGAAGCGAAAUGUCGAGCAGGCGGACCCUGAGUUGUACGAUGGCGAUACGCCAGUUGACUCUAAUUGCAUCGCGCCUGGAGUUGCAUCGGAAGAACGACAGCGUUCGGAUUCCGAACAGGCACACCUUGCUGCAGAACCAGUGCGUAACGGCGGAGUGACACCGCAACAGCCGUGUCCAAGUGAUCUUCGGCACCCAUUCGAUGGAAUUUUGAUUCCGGUGACCUGGAUGAAGUUGCCUGCUAUGUCAAAUGACACCUUAACUUAUGUCUGUUGCGAGACUGAAGCCGGUGACUUUUCAAAUCUUUUCAUUGAAAGAAGAGUAAGUUUUGGAAAACCUUUGCGUGAGCAGGGUUCGGUAGUUGCCACAGUGCACUUCCGAGGAAGAGAAAAAGAAAAGCGCGUGCUCACAGCCCGCCAUGAGGCAGAGGCAUUGAUCAAAGAAGUUGCUCUGCCUGACCUGUGCAAUGGAUGCGGCAUGAUACCUGUUGCGGGCAAGCAUACUUCAUACAAAAAUAGGUACUUUGCGGAGAAAUGCUUGCUGACCACUGAUGAAAAAGAGAAGUCAUGCUUCCACUGCAAAUAUUUACGGAGGCUCUCACAGAACAACAUGUACAGAAGAAAAAAGACGAACGAUGCUUGCCCUGACAAAACUAAAUACAAGAACUUUUCGCGUGCUUUGGCAGCCGGUGACAUUGAAGGCUUCGUGGAUCUUGGGGACUACAGAAACAGUAACCACAAGGGUGUGCUUGCAGACCACGGGAUGGUUGUGCUGUUUCAACCCUACACCGGUAAGUUGUUUUAA